AUGACAACGUCUCGCGUUCUUUAUAACCCAUAUUUUGAUGAGGUAAGAAAUUUUUGGAAAUUUGGAGUAACUCCAAAAAAUACGAUUUCUUAUUUUAAUCCAUGAAAUUGAGUCUAAAAUAUAAUGUUUAAGGUAAUCGCUGCUGAAAAGUUGGAAAAAGCUUUUAGAAACAAAGAAAAAGCAAAAAUUUAUGAAAUUUUGUUGGCUGGAAAUAACACACAACGACAAAUGGUAAGAUUUUUUUGCGAAAAAUUCGGUUUUCCAAUAAAAUGUUUUUGCAGCUUCGAACCCCUUACAAAACAAGAUAUGGCAAAGAUUUGGAAGAUGAAAUCAAAAAAGUAACAUCUGGAGAUUUCGAAGAUUUUCUUGUUGCUCUCCUCCAAACUCCAACAAAAUUAGAUGUGGUUGAAUUGAAUCGAGCUGUUAAAGGAUUAGGAACAAAUGAAAAGAAUUUGAUUGAAAUUCUAACAACUCGAAAAAACGAGGAAAUUGAAUCACUCAAAAACACAUACUUCACAACUUAUGCAAAAUCUUUGGAAGAUGCUGUGGCUUCUGAUACUUCGGGAGACUUCAAGAAACUUUUGAUUAUUAUUCUUCAAGCGAAACGUGGAACACAUUUUGGCUCGAUUUCGGAAGAUGCGGGAAGAAUUGUUAAAAGUUUUGAUAAGAAAAAUGGCGUUGAGAAAUUUGAGGCAUUUAAAAUAUUCGCAACAGCAGAUGGAAAUCAUAUUUCAAAAGUAAUUGAAGAAGUUGAAAAAUCAACUGGAAAACAAUUUGCAAAAAUUUUGGAUAAAGAGCUAUCUGGAGAUUUCAAAAAUCUUAUCUUGGUUGGUUUUUUAUCUCAAAACUUUGAAAAAAUAAAAUUUCCUAUCUAAAUUGCAGGCUCUCAUUGAAACAUCUCGAAACAUUCCUCGAUUCUUGGCAAAUCAAGUGAAUGCAGCAACAAAAGGGCUUGGUACAAAAGACAAAGAUUUGAUAAGAAUUUUAGUGUCAAGAAGUGAAAAUGAUUUAGUUUUAAUUGAGCACGAAUAUCAAUUAGUUUUCUCGAAGACUUUGGUUCAAUUGAUCAAAGAAGAAUGUAAGGCUGAAUAUCGAGAUGGAUUGAUUCGAUUGGUUCAGGGAAAUGCGAAUUCAAGGCUUUGA